AAAAGGGAGGGAAGGAGACCGUCCUACGAGGCCAGGGGCUGUGUUCCUGUGCCUGCCGGGUGGGGUUUCCUGAGAUGCACACUCUGAGCUAUUCUUUCCAUUCUGACUCUGGGCAUCGGUUCCUGGCAGCGAGGAGGGCAGGCUGCCUGGACCAGUCAGCUGCUCCUUUCCGCCCCUCCCUCCAACACACACCCGCUUGCUUGCUUGCUUGCUUGCUUGCUUGCUGUGACUUCAGUUGCUCAGGCCUCCUCUCUGCAGAUUCCAGAGCCUUAACCCUUCAGGUGCGCCCAGGGGAGCCUGAGCCUGGGCCUCAGCUGGCCAGAGCUGUGGUGGCCACACCGAGGUGGCUCCGGGGGAAGGGGCUGUUUCCCCAAGGCUGUACCUGAAAACCUUGACAGCCAACAAGUCCUGUGUUUGAGCCCGCCCACUGCUGCUGCUGGGACGGCUGGGUCUGGAGGAGAAAGGAGAGCUUCUGGCUCCUUCUGGUGGGGGAUUGGGGUCUUGAUGAUGGGGGAGCAGACUUAGAUCUGUAACAUGGCAAGGAUGGGGCAGUUAGAACGUCUUGAUAACAGGCAUGGUGAGGAAGAAUGUUCUAAUGAUUCAGGCUGCCUGCAAGUGGCACAGCCUUGCUCCCUGUUGUUGGAGUGUGUUCAGGAGAAACUGAAUGCCUACUGUGUUUUAGGAAAAUUCAUGCUUCCAGUGGGGACCCUUCAAGGUCCCUUUAGCCCAUGGAGACUGUGAGCUCCUCUACUAGCUACUGGCAGAACCCAGAUGACCUGACUCCUGGUUUCUAGUCUUUGGGCAUCAGUCAUCCUCCCCAUCUCUGGAUCGUCUCCCUCCUCUUUCCCCUCCUUCUCUUUCAACUCCACAUUCUCCAGCGCCUACCAUUACUCACAGCUCUGAAAGUAAACACUGACCACUUCCCCCUUUCCCUACUGCCUAGGCAGAGGCGGGCCCCAAACCUCAUCCUUCUCUGAGGUCUCCAUGACACAGAGUGACCAGGGCCCUCAUGUAGGCUGGGCAGCUGUCAGGGGGCAGGCCAGGCUGUGGGCCAAGGCUCCUGCCCGCCUGGCACUGCUCAGAGGUGGGUGUGGCUGUGUUCUGCCACUCCUCUGACUCGCCUGAAUGCUCUCCCCUUCUCCUGUGCCCAGGACUGCACAUCAGAGAGCGGGAUGUAGGCCCCGCCUCAGGUCCGGCAACAUGACCCUGACCAUGGAGAGGUCACUCGACUUCCCCGUCUGGCUGGUGCCCUCAGCCCUUGAGCGGCCAUGUCCAGCCCCAGUGCCCCCCCUCCGUAUGAGGACCGCAACCCUCUGUACCCUGGCCCUCCGCCCCAGGGGGGCUACGGGCAGCCGUCUGUCCUGCCUGGUGGCUACCCGGCCUACCCGGCCUACCCACAGCCUGGCUACGGUCACCCUGCUGGCUAUCCACAGCCUAUGCCCCCCAUCCACCCGAUGCCCAUGAACUACGGCCCAGGCCAGGGCUAUGAUGCGGAAGAGAGAGCAGUGAGUGAAAGCUUCGGGCCUGGAGAAUGGGAUGACAGGAAAGUCCGACACACUUUCAUCCGAAAGGUUUACAGCAUCAUCUCCAUCCAGCUGCUCAUCACGGUGGCCAUCAUCGCUAUCUUCACCUUUGUGAAACCAGUUGGCGAUUUCGUGAGGAGAAACCUGUUUGUCUACUAUGUGUCCUAUGCUGUCUUCCUGGGCACCUAUCUGACCCUCGCCUGCUGCCAGGGACCCAGACGCCGUUUCCCAUGGAAUAUCAUCCUGCUGACCCUCUUUACUCUUGCCAUGGGCUUCAUGACGGGCACCAUUUCCAGUGUGUAUGAAACCAAAGCCGUCAUCAUUGCAAUGAUCAUCACUGCCGUGGUGUCCAUUUCGGUCACCAUCUUCUGCUUCCAGACCAAGGUGGACUUCACCUCGUGCACAGGCCUCUUCUGUGUCCUGGGAAUUGUGAUGAUGGUGACUGGGAUUGUCACCGCCAUUGUGCUGUCCUUCAAAUAUAUUUACUGGCUCCACAUGGUCUAUGCUGCUCUGGGGGCCAUUUGCUUCACCUUGUUCCUGGCUUACGACACGCAGCUGGUCCUGGGAAACCGAAAGCACACCAUCAGCCCGGAGGACUACAUCACUGGCGCCCUGCAGAUCUACACUGACAUCAUCUACAUUUUCACCUUUGUGCUGCAGCUGGUGGGGGACCGCAAUUAAGGAGCACCUUCCACCCCACUGUGCGCCCACUGUGGGCUCUCCCUUCCCUAGAGGGCUGGGCCCUGUGACUGGAGUCCGGACCUCAGACCCCCUUCCUUCCCCUCCAGUAAUAUGCCCAGUUUCCUUUCUGUCCUGGGACGGGUGGCCUCUGUGGCGGUGGAUGUGCAGGGACCUGGCGGGGCUGGAGGAACCGGGGACUAACUCUUGCCUCUGGUAGACUCGGCAGGGACCAGGCAGAAGAUGUGCCUCCUCCCUCCACCCACUCCGUGGCACCAAAUUCUUCUCGACUGCUGGGGUUGCAGGGAGGACAGAAAAAGCCUAUUCUACAGCCAAAAGGGAAUAUGAGAAGUAGAAGUAACUUUGGGGUGAUGAGGUGUCCCCUCCCACCUCUGCCAUAGGCUUCUGGGCUUGGUAGCUGAAGCUGUUUCCUCCCUCAACCCCCAACAAAGCCAGAGAGCUUUGUCCCCAGCCUCCUGGACUCACUGGCCAUUAUCCUGUACUCCUCUGACAACCCUUAGUGCCUUCUGGCUCACAAAGGUAGAAGAGAUCUGUGCCCAUGGGUCUCCCCUGCUUCAGUCCCUCUUCUUUCGAUGGCAUGUACAUACUGUUCAUUUGGAAUAGGGGAGGACGAGGAGAGUAAGCAAAGCCAAGGACGGGCCAAGACAGAACAGCAUCUACCCUGGGCUUCCUCACGGCUUGUGGUGGUGGAGAGGGCAGGCCUGUCCACAGCCAUCUGGUCCCCAUUCUCCAAAGCUCCCUGGGGCCUCCUUGGGGGCUUCUGAGAUCUCUGGUCAGAGAGACCUCUUGCUUCCUGUGCUCAAGCUGCUCAGAGAAGAAAGUGAGGAGCAAAGCUCAGGAGAUGGGGUGGUUUGUAGGAUUAUAAGUGGGGCCAGGAAGUACCAGGGUGAAGAAAGGCCAGGGUGGGGGCAGGAAAAUGCUCUGGGGUCCUCUCCCUGAUCUGAGGGGUAUGAAAGCCUACUGUGGUGUCCAUGGAAAUUUCUGUGUUCUUUCCUUGUGCUAACCUGGGAAGGAUCCUGAGCAAAAGGAGACUUCCCCUCUCAGUUUGUUCUUAACUUGUGCUGGGGGAUUUUAGACUUGAGCCUCAUCUCUCCAGCCAGCUGCCACUUUCUUCGUGACACCAAGUGCCUCAAGCUGGAAUGGGGAAGGAGGACAAGAGUCCUUCUGUCAGUGGGGGUAGAAACCAAAUCAGCCCAAGGGUAUACUUAGGACUUCUCUUAAGUACUUGGUCCUAAAUAUAUCACACAAAAGGACAUAAGUAGAAACGUAAUAAAGUUUUGUGUUUCGGAGUUAAAA